ACAGCAGCAGCCAUGAGCAGCGCCGCUACCGCCACCUCCGCCGCCACCACGGCCGGCAGCGGCGCGGGGGAAGGGGCCGAGGAGGCGGCCAAGGACUCGGCGGACAUCGCGGCGUUCUUCCGAUCCGGGUUUCGCAAAAAUGAUGAAAUGAAGGCUAUGGAAGUAUUGCCAAUUUUAAAGGAAAAAGUUGCAUACCUUUCAGGUGGCAGAGAUAAGCGUGGAGGUCCCAUUCUAACAUUUCCAGCUCGCAGUAAUCACGACAGAAUACGGCAAGAAGACCUUAGAAGACUAAUUUCGUAUCUAGCGUGUAUUCCUAGUGAGGAAGUAUGUAAACGAGGAUUCACCGUCAUUGUAGAUAUGCGUGGGUCAAAAUGGGACUCCAUAAAGCCUCUGCUGAAGAUUUUACAGGAAUCCUUUCCAUGUUGUAUUCAUGUUGCACUGAUAAUCAAGCCAGACAAUUUCUGGCAGAAACAGAGGACUAACUUUGGCAGCUCUAAGUUUGAGUUUGAGACAAAUAUGGUGUCUCUGGAAGGCCUUACCAAAGUAGUUGAUCCUUCUCAGCUAACCCCAGAAUUUGAUGGCUGUUUGGAGUACAACCAUGAGGAGUGGAUAGAAAUCAGAGUUGCCUUUGAGGACUACAUUAGCAAUGCAACCCAUAUGCUGUCCAGACUGGAGGAACUGCAAGAUAUAUUGUCAAAAAAGGAAAUGCCUCAGGACCUGGAAGGUGCUCGCAAUAUGAUAGAGGAGCAUUCACAAUUAAAAAAGAAAGUCAUUAAGGCCCCUAUCGAGGACCUUGAUGUGGAAGGACAAAAGCUGCUCCAGAGGAUACAGAGCAGUGAUAGCUUUCCCAAAAAGAACUCUGGGUCAGGGAAUGCAGACUUACAGAAUCUUUUACCCAAAGUGUCCACCAUGCUGGACAGGCUGCACUCAACACGGCAGCAUCUGCAUCAGAUGUGGCAUGUGCGGAAAUUGAAAUUGGACCAAUGCUUUCAGCUCAGGCUGUUUGAGCAGGAUGCUGAAAAGAUGUUUGACUGGAUCACACACAACAAAGGUCUGUUUCUGAACAGCUACACAGAGAUUGGAACCAGUCACCCCCACGCGAUGGAACUUCAGACACAGCACAAUCACUUUGCCAUGAACUGCAUGAAUGUGUAUGUAAACAUAAGCCGCAUCAUGUCAGUAGCAAGCCGCCUGAUCGAGUCUGGUCAUUACGCUUCACAGCAAAUCAAACAGAUUGCCAGUCAGCUGGAACAGGAAUGGAAGGCAUUUGCUGCAGCCUUGGAAGAACGUAGCACGUUACUGGACAUGUCCUCCAUCUUCCAUCAAAAAGCUGAACAGUACAUGAGCAAUGUGGACUCAUGGUGUAAAGCCUGUGGUGAGGUGGAGCUUCCCUCAGAGCUGCAAGAUUUAGAAGAUGCUAUCCAUCAUCAUCAAGGGAUAUAUGAGCACAUUACUUUGGCUUACUCUGAGGUGAGCCAAGAUGGGAAGUCACUCCUUGAUAAACUUCAGAGACCUUUGACUCCUGGGAGCUCUGAUUCCCUCACUGCAUCUGCCAACUACUCCAAAGCAGUUCAUCAUGUCCUGGAUGUCAUCCAUGAAGUGUUGCAUCACCAGCGCCAACUGGAAAACAUCUGGCAGCAUCGAAAGGUCCGCUUGCACCAGCGGCUUCAGCUCUGUGUUUUUCAGCAGGAUGUUCAACAGGUGUUGGAUUGGAUUGAAAACCAUGGAGAAGCUUUUCUUAGCAAACACACUGGAGUGGGAAAAUCCCUGCAUCGGGCCAGAGCUUUGCAGAAACGCCAUGAAGACUUUGAGGAGGUUGCGCAGAACACAUAUACGAAUGCAGAUAAGCUCCUAGAAGCAGCAGAGCAGCUUGCUCAGACUGGGGAGUGUGACCCAGAGGAAAUUUAUCAAGCUGCCCAUCAGCUUGAAGACCGGAUACAGGAUUUCGUCAGGCGUGUGGAGCAGCGCAAGAUCCUGCUGGACAUGUCUGUGUCCUUUCACACUCACGUUAAAGAGCUGUGGACGUGGCUUGAAGAGCUGCAGAAAGAACUGCUUGAUGAUGUCUAUGCUGAGUCUGUGGAGGCUGUCCAAGACCUGAUUAAACGUUUUGGUCAACAGCAACAGACCACUCUGCAGGUUACAGUCAAUGUCAUAAAAGAAGGUGAAGAUCUCAUCCAGCAACUAAGGGAUUCUGCCAUUUCUAGUAACAAGACCCCCCAUAACAGCUCGAUCAACCACAUAGAGACAGUCCUGCAGCAGCUGGAUGAGGCCCAGUCUCAGAUGGAGGAGCUUUUCCAAGAACGCAAGAUCAAACUGGAGCUGUUUCUGCAGCUCCGCAUAUUUGAAAGAGAUGCAAUAGAUAUUAUUUCAGACCUUGAGUCUUGGAAUGAUGAGCUCUCUCAGCAGAUGAAUGACUUUGACACUGAAGAUCUUACAAUAGCAGAACAGAGGCUCCAGCAUCAUGCAGACAAAGCCCUGACCAUGAAUAACUUGACCUUUGAUGUCAUCCACCAAGGGCAGGAUCUGCUGCAGUAUGUCAAUGAAGUGCAGGCGUCUGGUGUGGAGCUGCUGUGCGACAGAGACGUGGACAUGGCCACUCGCGUGCAGGACCUGCUGGAGUUCCUGCACGAGAAGCAGCAGGAGCUGGACGUGGCGGCCGAGCAGCACCGCAAGCACCUGGAGCAGUGCGUGCAGCUGCGGCACCUGCAGGCAGAGGUCAAACAGGUUUUGGGCUGGAUUCGAAAUGGAGAGUCAAUGUUAAAUGCUGGGCUCAUCACUGCUAGCUCUUUGCAGGAGGCAGAGCAGUUACAGAGGGAGCAUGAGCAGUUUCAACAUGCAAUAGAGAGUAGGUUUCAUGCUCCACUGAACUCGUGACUUUUCACCUCUUGUCAGAAAACACAUCAAAGUGCCCUGCAGGUUCAGCAGAAGGCAGAGGCAAUGCUGCAGGCUAAUCACUACGACAUGGACAUGAUCCGGGAGUGUGCAGAGAAGGUCGCUUCCCACUGGCAGCAGCUGAUGCUGAAGAUGGAGGAUCGUCUCAAGCUUGUGAAUGCCUCUGUUGCCUUCUAUAAAACUUCUGAACAGGUGUGCAGUGUGCUGGAAAGCCUGGAGCAAGAAUAUAAGCGAGAAGAAGAUUGGUGUGGGGGAGCAGACAAACUGGGCCCCAACUCUGAAACAGAUCAUGUUACUCCCAUGAUAAGCAAACACCUGGAGCAGAAGGAAGCGUUUCUGAAGGCCUGCACACUGGCUCGGAGGAAUGCUGAUGUCUUCCUGAAAUACCUGCACAGGAACAGUGUCAACAUGCCAGGGAUGGUGACACACAUCAAAGCACCUGAACAGCAAGUGAAAAAUAUCUUGAAUGAACUCUUCCAGAGGGAGAAUCGCGUGCUGCAUUAUUGGACCAUGCGUAAAAGGCGUCUUGAUCAAUGCCAGCAGUAUGUGGUGUUUGAAAGAAGUGCCAAACAGGCUCUGGAAUGGAUUCAUGACAAUGGAGAGUUUUAUUUAUCCACGCAUACUUCCACUGGUUCCAGUAUCCAGCACACUCAAGAGUUGUUAAAAGAACAUGAGGAGUUUCAGAUCACAGCAAAGCAAACCAAAGAGAGGGUGAAGUUGUUGAUACAGCUGGCUGAUGGCUUUUGUGAAAAAGGGCAUGCUCAUGCAACAGAGAUUAAAAAAUGUGUCACAGCAGUGGAUAAGAGGUACAGAGACUUUUCCCUGCGCAUGGAGAAAUACAGGACCUCUUUAGAGAAAGCUCUGGGUAUUUCCUCAGAUUCCAAUAAAUCGAGCAAAAGCUUGCAGCUGGAUAUAAUCCCAGCCAGUGUCCCUGGGUCAGAGGUGAAACUGCGCGAUGCUGCUCAUGAGCUUAACGAAGAAAAACGAAAGUCUGCCCGCAGGAAAGAGUUCAUUAUGGCUGAGCUGAUUCAGACAGAAAAGGCUUACGUAAGAGACCUCCGGGAAUGCAUGGAUACAUAUCUAUGGGAAAUGACAAGUGGAGUUGAGGAGAUCCCACCUGGUAUUGUAAACAAAGAACACAUUAUCUUUGGAAACAUGCAGGAAAUUUAUGAGUUCCACAAUAAUAUAUUUCUCAAGGAGUUGGAAAAAUAUGAACAGUUACCAGAAGAUGUUGGACAUUGCUUCGUGACUUGGGCAGACAAAUUCCAGAUGUACGUUACCUACUGUAAAAAUAAGCCAGAUUCCACUCAGCUGAUAUUAGAACAUGCAGGAGCAUACUUUGAUGAGAUACAACAACGACAUGGACUGGCCAACUCUAUCUCCUCUUACCUUAUCAAACCUGUCCAAAGGAUAACAAAAUACCAGCUUCUUUUAAAGGAGCUGCUCACGUGCUGUGAAGAAGGUAAAGGUGAGAUUAAGGAUGGCCUGGAGGUGAUGCUUAGUGUGCCAAAGCGAGCCAAUGAUGCCAUGCACCUCAGCAUGCUGGAAGGCUUUGAUGAAAAUAUAGAAUCUCAGGGAGAGCUCAUCCUUCAAGAAUCCUUCCAAGUGUGGGACCCAAAAACUCUGAUUCGAAAGGGAAGAGAGAGGCACCUUUUCCUUUUUGAGAUGUCCUUGGUUUUCAGUAAAGAAGUGAAGGACUCGAGCGGAAGGAGCAAAUACAUUUACAAGAGCAAAUUGUUUACUUCUGAACUGGGUGUCACAGAACAUGUAGAAGGAGACCCCUGCAAGUUUGCUUUGUGGGUUGGAAGGACACCAACUUCAGACAACAAAAUUGUUCUCAAGGCAUCCAGUAUAGAGAAUAAACAGGACUGGAUCAAACACAUCCGGGAAGUGAUACAAGAAAGGACUAUUCAUCUGAAGGGAGCAUUGAAAGAGCCCAUCCACAUUCCCAAAACUGCACCAACAACAAAACAGAAAGGAAGAAGAGAUGGCGAGGACCUGGACAGUCAGGGAGAUGGCAGCAGCCAGCCUGAUACUAUUUCAAUUGCCUCACGAACCUCCCAGAACACACUAGACAGUGAUAAGUUGUCUGGUGGGUGCGAGCUGACAGUGGUGAUCCACGACUUCACCGCCUGCAACAGCAACGAGCUGACCAUCCGCCGUGGGCAGACCGUGGAGGUCCUGGAGAGGCCCCAUGACAAGCCCGACUGGUGCCUGGUGCGAACCACGGAUCGCUCCCCAGCUGCGGAAGGCCUGGUCCCCUGCGGCUCCCUCUGCAUCGCCCACUCUCGCAGCAGCAUGGAGAUGGAGGGCAUUUUUAACCACAAAGACUCCCUUUCAGUCUCCAGCAAUGACGCCAGUCCUCCCGCUUCCGUAACGUCGCUUCAGCCCCACAUGAUCGGUGCUCAGAGCUCCCCGGGCCCCAAGCGCCCUGGCAACACCUUGAGGAAGUGGCUCACCAGUCCUGUGAGGCGCCUGAGCAGUGGGAAAGCAGAUGGGCACGUCAAAAAACUGGCCCACAAGCAUAAGAAAAGCAGAGAGGUGCGGAAGAGCGCCGAUGCAGGCUCUCAGAAGGACUCCGACGACAGCGCCGCGACCCCACAAGAUGAAACUGUUGAAGAGAGGGGUCGGAAUGAGGGGCUGAGCAGUGGCACUCUCUCCAAGUCAUCCUCUUCAGGCAUGCAGAGCUGCGGGGAGGAGGAAGGCGAAGAGGGAGCAGAUGCUGUGCCGCUGCCUCCUCCCAUGGCAAUCCAGCAGCACAGUCUGCUCCAGCCCGACUCGCAGGAUGACAAGACAUCUUCUCGAUUGCUGGUGCGGCCAACAAGCUCCGAGACGCCCAGUGCUGCAGAACUCGUCAGUGCCAUUGAAGAGCUCGUCAAAAGUAAAAUGGCUCUGGAGGACCGUCCAAGUUCCUUGUUGGUAGAUCAAGGUGACAGCAGCAGUCCAUCCUUCAACCCUUCAGAUAACUCCCUUCUAUCCUCCUCGUCACCCAUAGAUGAGAUGGAGGAAAGGAAAUCCAGCUCCUUAAAAAGACGACACUAUGUCUUACAGGAAUUAGUGGAGACAGAGAGAGAUUAUGUGCGAGAUCUGGGCUAUGUAGUUGAGGGUUAUAUGGCACUUAUGAAGGAAGAUGGUGUACCUGAUGAUAUGAAAGGCAAAGACAAGAUUGUAUUUGGAAACAUUCACCAGAUUUAUGACUGGCACAGAGACUUCUUUUUAGGAGAGUUGGAGAAGUGCCUUGAAGAUCCAGAAAAGCUGGGAUCCCUGUUUGUUAAACAUGAGAGAAGGUUGCACAUGUACAUAGUUUACUGCCAAAACAAACCAAAGUCUGAGCACAUUGUCUCAGAAUACAUUGAUACGUUUUUUGAGGAUCUAAAGCAACGCCUGGGCCACAGACUUCAGCUCACAGACUUGCUAAUAAAACCUGUGCAGAGAAUUAUGAAAUACCAGCUGUUACUAAAGGACUUCCUCAAGUAUUCUAAAAAAGCUAAUCUUGACACAACAGAACUAGAGAAAGCUGUAGAGGUCAUGUGUAUAGUACCAAAACGGUGUAAUGACAUGAUGAAUGUUGGCCGCCUGCAAGGAUUUGAUGGUAAAAUUGUAGCCCAGGGUAAGCUCCUGCUCCAGGACACAUUCUUGGUUACAGACCAGGAUGCAGGACUUCUGCCACGCUGCAAGGAAAGACGGGUCUUCCUGUUUGAGCAGAUUGUCAUUUUCAGUGAGCUGCUAGAUAAAAAGAAAGGUUUCUCCAUGCCCGGAUUCUUGUUUAAAAACAGUAUCAAGGUGAGUUGCCUUUCUCUGGAGGAAAAUGUGGACAGCGAUCCAUGUAAAUUUGCACUAACAUCAAGAACGGGCGAUGUCACGGAGACCUUUAUUUUGCAUUCUGCCAGUCCGGGAGUCCGCCAGUUAUGGAUCCAUGAAAUUAACCAAAUUUUGGAAAACCAGCGCAACUUUUUAAAUGCCUUGACAUCCCCGAUCGAGUACCAGAGGAACCACAGCAGUGGCGGAGGCGGCGGCAGCGGCGGGAGCGGCAGCGCUAACGGCGGCGGCCCCAGCAGCUGUACUGGCAUCCCCAGCUCCAGCCGUAGCCGGCCAUCCCGGAUCCCCCAGCCUGUCAGACACCAUUCCCCAGUCCUGGUCUCCUCUGCAGCCUCGGCCCAAGCAGAGGCAGACAAGAUGUCAGGUAUGUCCAUUCACAAUCACUCCCUGCCACACUACAACACCUCUUUAGAAACUGGCCUGAGCCAGCCAGACAGGCACCCUCCCAGUGCAGAGCCGGAUGGUCCUCAGAGAGAAGCUGAACAGAUUCCCAAGAUGAAAGUUAUUGAAAGUCCCAGGAAGACAGCAGGAAACAUUUCUGGCUCAGCUGAUGGAGCCCAGAAAGACUCACGUGGAAUCUCAGAGGACAGUCGAACAAGGAACAGCAUAGGAUCACUGACGCUUGGGAAACCAAGGCCAGGAGCCAUCUCUCCAAUGAACUCUCCUCUGUCCACGACUUUCCCUUCUCCUUUUGGCAAGGAAAGCUUUCCACCCAGCAGCCCCCUGCAGAAGGGCUCCUUUUGGAGCUCCAUCCCAGCAUCCCCUGCCAGCCGCCCUGGCUCCUUCACUUUCCCUGGGGACAAUGACUCCCUCCAGCGGCAGGUCCACCGCCACUCUUCACACAGCAAGGACACAGACCGCAUGAGCACAUGCUCCUCGACCAGCGAGCAGUCAGUUCACUCCACCCAGAGUAAUGGGAGUGAAAGUAGCAGCAGUAGCAAUAUCUCCACCAUGCUGGUGACACACGAUUACACGGCAGUGAAGGAGGAUGAGAUAAAUGUCUACCAAGGAGAGGUCGUGCAGAUUCUAGCCAGCAACCAACAGAACAUGUUUUUGGUGUUCAGAGCCGCCACCGAUCAGUGCCCCGCAGCCGAGGGCUGGAUUCCCGGCUAUGUCUUGGGGCAUACCAGUGCAAUCAUCAUUGACAACCCUGAUGGAACCAUCAAGAAGUCAACGUCUUGGCACACAGCACUCCGAUUAAGGAAGAAAUCUGAGAAAAAAGAUAAAGACGGCAAAAGGGAAGGCAAGCUAGAAAAUGGUUAUCGGAAAUCCCGAGAAGGACUUGCCAACAAGGUUUCUGUAAAACUUCUCAACCCCAAUUACAUUUAUGAUGUUCCCCCAGAGUUUAUAAUUCCAUUGAGUGAGGUAACAUGUGAGACAGGAGAGACCAUCGUGCUUAGGUGUAAAGUCUGUGGUCGCCCCAAGGCUUCAGUUACUUGGAAAGGUCCUGAUCACAAUACACUGAGCAAUGACGGUCAUCACAGCAUUUCCUACAGUGACCUGGGAGAGGCGUCGCUGAAAAUCGUAGGCGUCACUGCGGAAGACGAUGGUAUCUACACGUGCAUAGCUGCAAACGACAUGGGUUCAGUUUCAUCCUCCGCCAGUCUACGAGUUUUAGGUCCUGGAAGUGAUGGGAUCAUGGUAAUCUGGAAAGACAACUUUGAAUCCCACUAUAGUGAAGUGGCUGAGCUUGGCAGGGGCAGAUUUUCUGUCGUUAAGAAGUGUGACCAGAAGGGAACCAAGCGAGCAGUAGCCACUAAGUUUGUGAAUAAGAAGUUGAUGAAGCGAGACCAGGUUACCCAUGAACUUGGAGUCAUGCAGAAUCUCCAGCAUCCCCAGCUCAUUGGCCUUCUUGAUACCUUUGAGACCUCCACCAACUACAUACUAGUGUUAGAAAUGGCUGACCAGGGUCGCCUUCUGGACUAUGUCGUGCGAUGGGGAAACCUCACAGAAGGGAAGAUCAGACUCUACCUGGGAGAGAUUCUGGAAGCUGUGCAGUAUCUUCAUAACUGCAGAAUAGCACAUUUGGACCUAAAGCCUGAAAAUAUUUUGGUGGACCAGAGUUCCACUAAGCCAACAAUAAAACUGGCUGACUUUGGAGAUGCAGUCCAGCUCAAUACCACGUAUUAUAUCCACCAGUUACUUGGAAACCCAGAGUUUGCAGCUCCUGAAAUUAUUCUUGGAAAUCCUGUUUCACUCACUUCAGAUGUUUGGAGCAUUGGAGUGCUCACUUAUGUCCUUCUUAGUGGCGUCUCUCCUUUCCUGGAUGAAAGCGUAGAGGAAACUUGCCUGAAUAUUUGCCGCUUAGACUUUAGUUUCCCAGAUGACUACUUCAAAGGAGUUAGCCAGAAGGCCAAAGAUUUUGUAUGCUUCCUACUUCAGGAUGACCCAGCUAAGCGUCCCUCGGCUGCACUGGCCCUCCAGGAGCAAUGGCUGCAGCUGGGGAAUGGCAAAAGUGCUGAGAGCAUUGAUAUAUCCAGACUGACUUCGUUCAUUGAGCGGCGAAAACACCAGAAUGAUGUUCGACCCAUCCGUAGCAUUAAAAACUUCUUACAGAGCAGGCUCUUGCCAAGAGUUUGACCUUGCUUGAAGUUCUCUCUCAUUCUCUUUCACCUGCCAAUCAAUCAGACUGGAGAUGGACUCCUCCUGCCAAUCAAUCAGACUGGAGAUAGACUCCUCCUGCCAAUCAGCUGUUGACUUGAAUUUUGAGGAAAGCAAACCCCAAGCCAACCAGCUGCUAGUGAAUGUUCGUGUGCAAAUGCAUUCCACAGGGACCCGCGCGGGGCGGCGCGGGGGACUGGAGAUGCAGACUUCACGGGGGUGGAGGACAAUAGCACUGUACUCUGCAAAAAGCAGUCACAAGCGAUACAGCAACAGUAUUUUAUUCAGGUUUCUGCAAAAAAAAAUAGUUUUUUUAAUAAACAAGAGUUGAAUUUUGCAAGUGAACUUAGCUACCGUUUUCAAGAUUUAUUCAAGGAAGAAAUGCCUAUGUUUAAAGCACUGGUGUUAAACAAAAAUCAGAUCAUGCCUGGAGAAGACUCACCAAAAUGGCUGCCCAUUGGUACAGCCUCCAUUUAUAACAUCUGGUUUUCACUUGGUCCUAGAGCUUUCCAGUUGCCUCGCCUGUAUGUAUCUCACGUAGCAGUGCACUGAGAUCAGACUCUGCUUUUAAGUGCAUCCAACCUCAAAAGAUUUUGCAUACAAAUAGAAUGAAUCGUUUUGCUCUGAUAAAAUGUAGGCCUUACUUGUAUAUAGACUGUUACCUGCCUUCAGUCUGUAAUUUUUUUCCCUCUCCUCUCAUCCUUUUUUCCCCCCUCCUUCCUAAAUGGUGGUAUACCACUGUGCGGGUCUUCAGUUUGGGGCAGUAGUCACUGUCCCCCCAGAAAAGAACUUUGGGUUGGUGCCCAGCUUGCUGACCCAAUUGUCAAGCAGUAUACAGCAGGAUGAAAUACUGUAAAUGCACUCAUUUGGGAUUUUGUUUUCUUUCAUAUCAUGUGCAAUGUUGUGGCUUUAACAUUUUAUGCAACUAUUUAUGAGGACCUCUGUUGUAACUGUAAUAAAUAUAUAGAAAAAGCA